GGGAUCAUUUCCAGAGAAGAAGAAGGAGGAGGCGGAGAAGCCGAAAGCGAAGGCGCUUCACUCUCGGUUUCCUUUCUGAGGAAGCGCUCCGGUGCGGUGCGGUGCGGUGGGUCGACAGAGAGCCUCGCGAGGAGCGGCGCUUACUCCCCAACUUCGCCCUUUAUCAGCCGGCGGACUCUUGGUUCUGUUCUCGUACACAUCCAUCCUGAGUGACCCGCCGAACCGAUUCCCGUGUGUGUCUCUACAACGUGUCCAACAGCAUGUCCAACAGCGUGUCCAACGGCAGCCAGGACAUGACAACACCAGCAAACGACACAGAUGAAGCCCGGGUUUAUAUCGGUGUGCGAUGGGAAGAUGAAAAACCCCCACAGAAACUAGAACUGGCUCUCCAGAAGUGGUUCAACAAAUGGAGGAAAGAUGUAAGCUGCACUUAUUUAAAAGUAGAGGAAGAUGGACACAUUGCAUUGGGAAUCAAACCAGCCAAAGUCCUUGAAGAGCUUCUCAGCUUGCGAGAGAUCAAACUGAGCUUCAAAGAUAACACGUCUGCUUCAGUAACAUUUUACCCUGAAGUAGGGCAAAUACCCUGGCAUCCAACAUCCCACAGUCGUUCAGCGGAUGUUUCUUCAUUGGUACCAUCAGCCAGAGAGGAUAUGGACAUCCAUGAAAAGAAAGGGGGCACUGGAGCUGCUGUAGGCCGAGAAGAGCCGGGGAGCUGCACACUCCCAUUUGGCCACUUCUUGUACGUGGACCAGGUCUACAAAGAGGAGAUGAAGCGUAUCGAGAGACAGAACAGAGUGAGAAUCGUGGCUGAAGUAAAGCUGUCUGUUGAAGUAGACCCAAGAGCUGCAGGAGAUCCAGAUAAGGCUCUCUCUGACGUCAUAAACCUCAUCCAGAAGUGUUUAGGUGACGCCAGUGGCUUCAGUUUUCCUCUCAAGCAUGUAGAUCGAAGGAAUUUGGAAGACAUGUUCAGAGUAGUUGUGCAAGAAAACGCCAAGCUGCUGCUUAUGCUGUCCCCUGACGAGAUCACAGUGCGUGGGCCACGCAAGAGUCUGGACGACGUGCGGAGGUGCUUAAAAACACCACAGCACAACUUGGUGAACAGCGACCCGUCUGCUGGGCUGUAUGCUUUGGGGUCUCGAGACACAUCACCAAAGAUCGCCAUGAACAUCAAAGACCAUUUGGUGUCUUCGGGGCUAACGAUGGACAAAAACCAUUGGAAGGCGAUGAAUGCUGCCUUUGGUGGGAAACUAGCUGACAUCAGGGCUAAGUUUGGUGUGGAAUUCGUGGCAGCGGCCACAUCCCGGGGCCACGUAAACGUGAAACCCAAAUCUGCACACGAUAAAGAGGCGGCUGCCCUGGAGUGCCAUGCUCUCAGAGCUCUGAUUCACCUCUAUCAGAAGGUGGCAACGUCAACCAUGAGCCACUCCUCGCUGGUCCCGGACCACGCGAGGAGCGCUGCUAGAGCAUCCACGGAAGAGGGAGGGACAGCAGGAGGCGCUACAGCGGAGGAAACAUGUCCCAUAUGCAUGGAUACAUUUACCAACAAGAAGAAGCUAAAAUGUACCCACGAGUUUUGUGCCGAGUGUCUGCUACGUUCAGAGCAAAGCAUGGGACCCAUCUGUCCUAUGUGUAAAAGCGUGUAUGGGAAGGUGGAGGGAAACCAGCCUGAGGGACACAUGUCCGUCUCCUACGACCAGUAUUCACUCCCUGGAUUUCCUAACUGCGGCAAGAUAACAAUCACCUACAAAAUUCCAAGUGGAGUACAAACGAAAAAACAUCCGAAACCCGGGAUGCCUUAUUCUGGCAUUUCAAGAGCAGCGUAUCUACCAAACAACACAGAAGGCAAGGAGGUGCUAGAGCUUUUGAGAAGAGCAUUUACGCAGAAGCUGAUAUUCACUGUUGGGACAUCCAGGACCACUGGAGCAGAGAACCAGGUGACCUGGAAUGACAUCCACCACAAGACCAGCACUACUGGAGGACCACAGAGCUUUGGGUAUCCUGACCCAGGCUACUUGGGGAGAGUGAGGGAUGAGCUGAAGGCCAAAGGCGUUGAAUGAAGACUUGAUGAGAAUGAGCCAGUAGGGACUGCAGCUGCAAGUCUCAUUUCACCAGAAGGAGCCAAGAUCCAUGUUAAUUUUAAAAGUUCUGUACUCUGUUCUUCUCUUUGUUAGUUCUGCUAAGUUCAGGUUGAAUCACUCUGGAGGCCCCGGUGUAACGCGGGUGCUGUAUUGUUGAUCGUUGUGACCCUGGCUGCAUGUGUUCAUCUUCACCUGUCAGUGAGUCGUUAAUAGCCUUGAUUUGUUGGGUUUGGGUUGUUUGUUGCUUUACACCUGAGACACACAAUGAGAAUAAAACAUUAGGGGGCGCCCGGGUGGCUCACCUGGUAGAGCAAGACCACCUAAGGCUGAGUCCUCACUGCAGCGGCCUGGGUUCGAAUCCAGCCCGGGCCCCUUGACGCAUGUCAUCCCCUAAAGUAAUUGCCAAUAAAUAAAUACAGGGUUGUCCCUAAAGAAUGGUAUAGGGGCGCAGUGCCACUGUGACAACGCAUCAGCGCCACUUUGUGUCCCCCCCCCCCCCCCUCCUCCACCAUUGGUAAGUUCCAAAUAAUACUUUAUUUGGAACUUACCAAUGUGUUUGCUUUUUAUUGAAAUUAUGUUUUUAAGUUGCAGUGCAGGAAAUUACAGCAAAUGGCUUUCUUUAUUGCAAAUUUUUAUGCCUUCUGGAUGGGGGGGGGCACAGCCCCCCUGCGGACCACCCCCUACCCAUCUUGUUUGAAAAUCCUGGGGACUCCCUUAAAAUAAUCUAAAGCAAGAUAAAACAAUAAGAAUAAAACUUGUUUAAAA